UUAAUUUCCCCACAAUCAAAAGUUACACUCUCCCCCCCAUCUCUCUCUCACUCUCUUUCCCUUUCCCUCAUUUUCUCUUCAUUAUUUUCCUUCACUUUCCCUCCAUAACAUGCCUAGUUUCGCUGCUGUUCAACCUCCUUCCGGAGAUUCAACCGACGGCUCUGAUCAUCCCUCCCUGCGUCCUCGAGAUUCGCGUGAUCAGCUCCCUUCUUUAAUGUCUUCUUGUUACCCCAUCACUCUCCAGUUCAUUGACGUUUCUUACCGGUUAAAGAUGGAGAACAAAGCGAAAGGGAACAGCAUCAGACGCAUGAUUAACCAUGGACCCGCACCGUCUGAUCAAAGAUCGACGGAUAAUAUUCAAGAGAGAAUAAUUUUAAACGGAGUCACAGGCAUAGUUUCCCCCGGCGAAAUCCUGGCCAUUCUUGGUCCAUCCGGAAGCGGAAAAUCGACGCUUCUGAAUGUACUGGCAGGGAGACUACAAGGACACAGCUUCACCGGAACAAUCCUCGCCAAUAACAAAAAACCAACCAAACACAUCUCGAAACGCACCGGAUUUGUCACCCAAGACGACAUCCUUUACCCCCACCUCACCGUUCGUGAAACCCUAAUCUUCUGCUCCCUCCUCCGUCUGCCAAAAACACUGACAAAGAAAGAAAAAACUUCAAUAGCUGAGUCAGUCAUCACCGAGUUAGGCUUAACGAAAUGCCAAAACACGAUAAUUGGAAACAGUUUUAUACGGGGCGUGUCCGGCGGAGAAAGAAAGCGAGUAAGUAUAGCUCACGAGAUGUUAAUAAACCCAAGCCUGCUGAUUCUCGACGAGCCCACGUCGGGUUUGGACGCGACGGCGGCGCACAGGCUGGUAUCGACGUUGGGGUCGCUGGCUCAGAGAGGAAAAACGAUAAUAACCUCCAUGCAUCAACCGUCGAGCCGACUUUUUCAGAUGUUUAACUCAGUGCUGGUGCUGAGCGAGGGGAGGUGUUUGUAUUUUGGUAAAGCUAGUGAAGCUAUGGGAUAUUUUGAGUCAGUUGGAUACUCGCCGUCUUUUCCCAUGAAUCCCGCUGAUUUUCUCCUUGAUCUCGCUAAUGGUGUGUCUCAUAUUGAUGGAGUAAGCGAAAGAGAUAAGCCAAAUGUGAAGCUGUCCCUCGUUAAUUCUUACAACAGUGUAUUGGCUCCAAAGGUGAAAGCUCUGUGCAUGGAAGCGGCAAAUACUCAAUCUAAAGAAGCAAAUUUUGUUAGCAGCAGCCAUUCUUCAUCUAGAGAUCAACAUUGGAAUAAUAGUUACACGUUUGGCAUUUCGAAUUGGCUGAAUCAAUUCACCAUUCUCCUCCAGAGAAGCUUGAAAGAACGUAAACAUGAAUCUUUCGACGCUCUACGAGUUUUCCAAGUGAUAUCGGCUUCAUUAUUAGCAGGAUUGAUGUGGUGGCAUUCUGACUACCGAAACAUUCAAGAUCGCCUCGGUCUCUUCUACUUCAUUUCGAUAUUCUGGGGAGUUUUGCCUUCGUUUAACUCGGUUUUCGCCUUCCCUCAAGAACGCGCAAUCUUUAUGAAAGAAAGGGCGUCCGGUAUGUACACUCUUUCUUCGUACUUCAUGUCCCGAAUCGUCGGUGACUUGCCCAUGGACCUCAUUCUCCCCGUCGUUUUCCUCAUUGUGACCUACUGGAUGACUGGACUAAAACCCGAAUGCGGAGCUUUUCUGCUAACUCUUUUGGUUCUUCUCGGAUAUGUGCUCGUCUCUCAGGGGCUUGGCCUCGCUUUAGGUGCGAUUAUCAUGGACGCGAAACAGGCGUCAACCAUUGUCACUGUCACAAUGCUAGCGUUUGUUCUCACAGGAGGGUAUUACGUUCACAAAAUGCCCUCUUGCAUGGCGUGGAUAAAGUACAUUUCGACCACGUAUUACACUUAUAGGCUGCUGAUCGAUGUUCAAUAUGGCGACGGCAGGAAAAUUUCAGCUCAAUUGGGCUGCUCAUUACGCCAUAGAUCGAUAGGCGGGGCCGACGGGGGCAUCGAAAAUGCAAAUUGCAAGUUUGUUGAAGAGGAUAUUGUGGGGCAAAUUAGCCCUGCGGUGAGUGUUGGAGUGUUGUUUUUGAUGUUCGUGGGAUAUAGAUUACUGGCUUACCUUGCAUUAAGGCGACUUUGAUUAAUUGAAGGAGAUUGGAUAAGGUGGGUCUUGCUGAGGGUAAUUGGUAAUAAUAGGGGAAUUGAUUUAGAUUCACACUAACUCAUGUAAUUCAAACCAUGGUAAGAUGGUUUAAUUCGGAGAUUAAAUGUAAAACGAACAAGUUCAUUAUUGUUUAAAUGCAAAUUAAAGUCAAUAUUACACUUCAUCAACCUGUCGAUAGUUACAUAAUUACAAGUUAAUGGGUGUUUAAAUGCUAAGUUGGA